CUCCGCCCAGCCCUGGCAGGGGAGGGAGCUGACGGGCAGACAGAGGAGGGGAAACUCCCCUGGAACCUGUUUCUCAGCUUCCCGGCCCAGCUAGGACACCCACUGCAAGGAGAGGCCAGGAGGAAGACCCUGGCCCCGACAUGGCCUCUGCCAUGAGGCCACCCCGGGUCCCCAAACCCAAGGGUGUCCUGCCUUCACACUACUAUGAGAGCUUUCUAGAGAAGAAGGCACCCUGUGACCGGGAUUACAAGAAGUUCUGGGCAGGCCUCCAGGGUCUCACCAUUUAUUUCUACAACAGCAAACGAGACUUCCAGCACGCGGAGAAGCUAAACCUGGGAGCAUUUGAGAAACUCACAGACGAGAUUCCCCGGGGAAGCUCACGUGACCCUGGCACCCACUUCCGCCUGGUUCUCCGGAAUCAGGAGAUCAAGUUCAAGGUGGAAACCUUGGAAUGUCGAGAGAUGUGGAAGGGCUUCAUCUUGACGGUGGUGGAGCUCCGUGUCCCGUCCAACCUGACCCUGCUUCCUGGACACCUAUACAUGAUGGCUGAAGUGUUGGCUAAAGAGGAGGCACGCCGUGCACUGGAGACACCCUCGUGCUUCCUGAAGGUGAGCCGGCUGGAGGCACAACUGCUCCUAGAGCGCUACCCCGAGUGCGGAAACCUGCUGCUGCGGCCCAGCGGAGACAGCGCGGACGGCGUGUCGGUCACCACGCGGCAGAUGCACAAUGGGACUCACGUGGUCCGGCAUUAUAAGGUGAAGCGGGAGGGAACCAAGUACGUGAUCGACGUGGAAGAGCCGUUCUCUUGUACUUCCCUGGACGCCGUGGUCAACUAUUUCGUGUCGCACACCAAAAAGACGCUGGUGCCCUUCUUGUUUGACGAGGACUACGAGAAGGUGCUAGGCUACGUGGAAGCCGAUAAGGAGAAUGGCGAGAGUGUGUGGGUGGCGCCCUCCGCCCCGGGCCCAGGUCCUAUACCCCGCACAAGUGGCCCCAAGCCACCACCUCCUGCGUCUGUGCCUGUGUCCAGCCAGGACAAGCUGCCCCCAUUACCCCCACUGCCCCCACUACCAGACCAGGAAGAGAACUACGUGACCCCCAUUGGGGAUGCCCCAGCUGUUGACUACGAGAACCAAGACGUGGCUUCCUCCAGUCGGCCGGUCAUCCUGAAGCCGAAGAAGUUGCCAAAGGCUCCUGCAAAGCCUCCAAAGCCGCCCACCGGACCCAAGCCAGAGCCCAAAGUCGUUAAUGGUGGCUUGCCCAGGAAGCUGCCAGCCAGCUCAGCCCAGCCUCUCUUCCCCACACCGGGGCUGGCGGACGUGACCGCAGAGCUACAAAAGAAGCUGGAGAAGCGGCGCGCGCUGGAGCACUGAUUCGGACAUGCCGGGGACCAGUGGGCCAGUCCCGGGGCACAGCUCAGUGACCAGAGUCUUUCUCCCAGGAUUAAACCUCUGACCCCAGGA